ACCGAUGCUUUUGACGACAAUGCUAUCCCGCUGCCUUGCCUCGCAGCUAGAUUCAGACAGGUACCCCCAUUCCACCAUCGCCGGAUGCUAGAUAAUAUGUAGCUACAGCCCCCUCCAAGCCGCGAUGACCUCCAACAGCCCAGGCUUCCGAGCCUCAGCCCUCCUCAAAAGCGUCAGCUCCAGAUACAGUCGUGGCCAUGGCCGGCCAUGCGCACCACCUCUCAUGCCUCUGUUCAACGCGAACAUCACGCGUGAUACGCGUGUGCGCUCAUCACCACGCAUCUCAAAAUCAGGAGGGCACAAGCCAGAGCGAAGGUCUCGCUGCGCGCGUGUCCAUACUGCAAUCUAUAAGUGUAUUACAGACAUGUGCACCGUCUAUGCUACCACGAGUCUUGCAGCCCCAUGCCGGCUGCAGGUACCUCUUGGCGACCGGGUUUGCGGUUGUGGGCGCGCCGCAUCUUGGCAACGUGGGCUUGCACCUACCGGUACCAUGGACGUAGCACCUGCCUGUGGUAUGCCUGUGGAUUGUAGUCUUCAGACCUGUACAAGCGUGCCCCUGACUGCACCCAUCCACAAUCUCGCCAACUGCGCUUGAAUGUAUCGACACACGCCGACUACUGCGUAAUAUAUCGAGCUCGGCAACGACGGGAAGGGCAUGGGCUCCCAGGACCAACCUCGGAGCGACGAUGAGCAUGGUGGCUACAAAGAGAGCG